AUGACGCCCGCCUAUGAAGACAACGAAGAUGGCGACUCAGACGAUCCAUUGGUGCUCUUGGGUAGCCUCCAGACUCGCGCGCAGGCACUGCUGGACGAAUUGACAGCGUACCGAGCCCUUCUCAAGACCCAAAAUAAACAGCAAAGCGUCGAGAUGAGAAUCUUCAGACGAGGAGUUGAGUCCGAAGUGAAGAGCGUGGCAAAGAUAACACAACGGUUCAGGCCCUCUGAGAGAGGAGUUUUGGCCAAGUCUGCAGGGGAAGAUGACACAGAAUCCCCGCAAUUGCAUGCUCUGAGGAGCUCCAACCUUCCCUUCUACGAAGCAGUCUGGGUCGUUGCAAAGUCUAGACAUGGCAUCACGGCUCUAGGCAAGAGGGUUUACUGGGAUUCAUGUGACUCCUGCAAAACGAACACAGCGUUGGAUAAAAUAGGUGCAGGUCGGCUGAUGGCAGCGCCAAACAAAGUCAAAAAGAAAAGCGUGCUUGUGGACAUCGUUGCCGAAAAUGGGUUGGAAUGGAUCAAGGUGUCAACAAUGACAGAAAAGCGUUUACUUUUUGAGAUGGCUAAGGAAGGUUGGGAAGCCUACGGCGAUUACAGUGAGAGUGGCGAAAGCGACAAUAGUGAAGAUACCCCAUCGAGGCAAGCAGGCAAACUUGAGCUUGUAAGGGUUGCUGAAGAUCUCAGGGAGGCAUCCAAAAGAGUCCGAAUCCGCUUUCGCCGCCCGCAUGUUCAUUUUGUUCUCCCCAACAUCCGCGAGGGUGUCAUUCCCGAUGUCGAUGAGUUAAUUGCGGAUUUGCGAGCAACUGGUGCUACCGUCGAAAGUGGCAUACCCUUACAACCUUCAACAGUGGCGGGAGGACCGUCGGUAUUUGACCAGAUGAUGCCAGCAAUAGCAACAGUGUCGCUUACUGGAACAAUGAACAUCGAUUGCACGAUCCUUCUGGCUCUCAUAUCAGACAUCUCUCAUUUCCAUCGAGACCGACUGUCGGCAGCACGCGAUGCCGAAUCAGGAACCUAUCAUACGGCAAUUCUCCGCCAGAUCGAAUCCGAAGAAUCAGAUCCACUACUUCCCACAGAGAUCUACCCUCUACUUGUUGAUCGAAAACUCGAAUGUACUUCUCAUGCAGCUCAAAGAAUGCGCGAGAUUGUUCAAUGCAUGGGAACAACCAGCGAACGGAAGCGAGCUGAUAUCAUCCUCGGUGAAGGCGCAUACUCUGACCAGUCAGAGCCAGUGCUUCGUCAGGCUUUGCGUGAGGUGUCGAUACAUGCGUUACCUGAGGCUAUCCGAGUCCCCAUAAGAGUGGUCGAGUUCGACAUGGCAGAAUUGAUCCCUGUCCACUCACUGGACAAUCAGCAUGCACAUCCCCGAGGCCACAUGUUUCCAUCAUCCAUUGCUUCGCGUGUCGCCUCGACGUUGCGACUUAGCCCCAUCAAUGCAUCUGUGUUUCUAUACGGUUGGGUCAAGAAUAUUGUCACACUCACAAGCAACAGAGCCAUUGCGACUGGGAUGCUGAAGACGAUCAAUGAUCUAUUGGACCAGGACGAGCAAGAGGUGCCAGGAGGCUCUUGGGAAGGUGUCAACUUUAUUGGUCCACAGAUGUUCAUUUGUGAGACUGCGAGAAGCUUGGUAGGCAAAGCCAAGGGCAAAGCAGAAGAGUAA